UCGUUGUAAUUGGUGCAUAAAAACACUGGAGUUGCAAAUUAUCCUAUGAACUCUGGGAUACAAAUAACUGUGGUUGGAAAUUGGUAGCUAAAGAGGAGUAGUUGAUCGAAACAAACAAGAAAUGGAAGCGCUAUUGUGCAGGAAAUUGGGAGACCCAACUGUGAGCGUCGAAGACGAUAACAGCUCAAUAAUCGUAUCAAAAAAUCACCCAAUCCCUCAAUUGGACUCUCCAACUUCGGUCAGAGUUAGGAUCAAAGCCACAAGCUUGAAUUUCGCUAAUUACUUGCAAAUUUUCGGUAAGUAUCAGGAAAAACCCCCUUUGCCAUUCAUUCCCGGAUCCGAUUUUUCAGGCAUCGUAGAUUCCGUUGGCGCCAAAGUUACCAACUUCCGUGUCGGAGAUCCUGUUUGUUCCUUCGCCGCUCUUGGCUCUUAUGCGCAAUAUAUUGUUGUUGAUCAAUCCCAAUUGUUUCGCGUGCCGGAAGGUUGUGAUUUGGUUGCUGCUGGAGCACUUGCUGUGGCAUUUGGCACUUCUCAUGUUGCACUUGUUCAUAGAGCACAAUUGAAAUCUGGUCAGGUAUUGUUGGUUUUGGGUGCGGCUGGAGGUGUGGGUCUUGCAGCUGUGCAAAUUGGAAAAGCAUGUGGGGCCAUUGUUAUUGCUGUUGCCAGGGGAGCUGAAAAGGUGCAGAUCUUGAAAUCACUCGAUGUUGAUCAUGUGGUGGACUUGGGUAAUGAAAAUGUCACUGAGAGUGUCAAAGAGUUCCUUAAGGGAAGAAGGCUUAAAGGGAUCGAUGUCCUGUAUGACCCAGUCGGUGGCAAGCUUAUGAAAGAAUCUUUGAAGCUUCUGAAAUGGGGAGCUAACAUUCUGAUAAUUGGGUUUGCAAGUGGAGAGAUUCCUGUCAUCCCUGCUAACAUAGCUCUUGUCAAGAAUUGGACAGUACAUGGCCUUUAUUGGGGUAGUUAUAAAAUACACCGCCCAGGUGUUCUUGAAGAUUCUCUCAAGGAGCUACUCUCUUGGUUGGCAAAAGGCUUGAUUUCCAUUCACAUUUCUCAUUCUUACAGCCUGUCAGAGGCCAACCUCGCCUUCUCUGCCAUCAGAGAUAGGAAAGCUAUAGGGAAGGUGAUGAUUGUAUUCGAUGAUAAAGUUACAAGAUCUAAGCUGUGAUCUUCCCAAAACUAUGCCGUAUAUAGUUGACGGAUUUCUUCUGGGUACACAAGGAUCGGAGGUUCAUAUUAGAGACCAAGGAGAUGCUAGUAUAAAACAAAACCAAAUAAGGGAGCAGUAAGAAAAAGUGCCAAAAUCUUGUAGAAUAUUACACCCCCCUUCCCAUGCUCCACAUUAUUACUUCCACUGAUCCUAAAUAUAAGAGAAAGUUUGGUCCACAAAAGUAAGUUGAUGUAUUUAGUCCGAAUUUUAAAUUAAAUACAUAAAUGUUUGUUGACCUAAUUUUAUCUUAUGUUUAGGACUGAAACAAGUAUUUGUUAAAAUUGUUUAUUUUUCUCUUUCAAAUUGUACUUUUUACAUGAUCAAAUUGUACUUUCAAAUUCUCCCA